AUGGGGAGGCGCUGCUGGUGGCGGCGCCUGCUGGCGGCCGCGUGUCUGGGCGCCACGCUCCUACUUCUGCACCGCUCCCUGAGCUCCGCAUUUGGAAAUGGAAUCCUGAGCUCUGACUGGCUCAGUGGGAAAAGGAGGAGUCCCCUGCAAAUGCUCUAUGACAUGGACCAGGGCCCUCAUUCCCAGCUGGCUGAGCUGCACCGAAGGCGACGUGACUUGCUGCGCAGCACCUGCCAGCAGCACACGCGGCGCCAGCGCCUGCUGCAGCCUGAGGACCUGCGGCACGUGCUGGUGGAUGACGCGCAUGGCCUGCUCUACUGCUACGUGCCCAAGGUGGCGUGCACCAACUGGAAACGCGUUCUGCUGACUCUGAGCGGCCGAGCCGGCAGCGACCCCCAGGCCAUCCCCGCGCACGAAGCGCAUGCGCCGGGCCGCCUGCCCUCCCUGGCCGACUUCAGCCCCGCGGAGGUAAACCGACGCCUGCGCGCCUAUCUCACCUUCCUCUUUGUGCGGGAGCCCUUCGAGCGGCUGGCGUCGGCCUACCGCAACAAGUUCACACAGCCUUAUCACGCGGCCUUCCAGCGGCGCUUCGGCACGCAGAUCGUGCGCCGCCUGCGGCCUGGGGCGCGCCCGGACGCGCUGGCCGGCGGCCACGACGUGAGCUUUGCAGAGUUCCUGGCCUACCUCUUGGACCCGCGCACGCGCCGACAGGAACCCUUCAACGAGCACUGGGAGCGCGCCCACGCGCUCUGCCACCCGUGCCUUCUGCGCUACGACGUGGUGGGCAAGUUCGAGACCCUGGCUGAGGACGCAGCUUUUAUUCUGGGCCUGGUGGGCGCUCCGGGCUUACAUUUCCCAGCGCCGCCCAGGAAGGCCAGGUCAGCAUCUGCACGAGACCCCACCCGCCUCUUUCAGGACAUCAGCCCUUUCUAUCUGCAACGCCUUUUCGACCUCUACAAAAUGGACUUCCUGCUCUUCAACUACUCCGCUCCCUCCUACCUGCGGCUGCACUAA